AGUGUAGUCAGGUUUUCUUAUUGAGUGUUUUUCACUGUUGGAUCUAUGUGAAGAUAGGGAGCAUAUGUCAGUCAGCAGGCGUCUGCUGUGGUUGUAAAUACUAGACUAUGGCUCAACGGGCUGUUUGAGCAGCACAGGUGGGGAUUUCAACUCUUUUUCUUGGACUUCACGCUGUCAUUUGUUCAGUUGUCAAUGGGUGGAGCCAGAAAAACACAGCUUAUCAGUCUUUAGAUUACACACCCAGCACUGGUCAAGGAAAUGGAAAUGAUUCCUCUCAAUUUACUCAGUACAGAUUUAUUAUAUUACAAGAGUUUUUUUUGCCUUGCUGAUGUAAAGUAUGUUCCUGUGGCAGUAUCUGGCACCGUUCCUGCUGAUAACUAUUCAGAUAUGCAGAGCCCAAACAUGUGAAGACUUUACAGAUUUAGAUCUCAGUCACGCCUUCAUCGGAACCAGCCUCAGAAUAAAGCUGCUGCUCUACACCAGGGAAAAUGCCACCUGUGGGAUUCUAUUAUCCCACACUAACCCGACAGCCCAUCCUCAGUUCAAGUUGUCCAGACCUACCACUUUUGUCAUUCAUGGGUACCGUCCGACCGGCUCUCCCCCGAACUGGAUACACAACAUCACAGACAUGCUGCUGUCGAGGGAUGACAUGAACGUCAUAGUGGUGGACUGGAACCACGGAGCCGCUAAUGUGAAUUAUAUGAAAGCAGUGGAGAACACGCACAAGGCAGCAGACAACCUCACUGCUUUAAUGAAAAAACUGCAGGAACAUGGCGUUUCUCUGAGUUCUGUUCAUUUGAUUGGUGUCAGUCUUGGUGCUCAUAUAUCAGGCUUUAUUGGUGCCAGCCUUAACAGCACAAUUGGAAGGAUUACAGCUCUGGAUCCUGCUGGCCCUCUAUUCACUGGCAAACCUCCAGAGGACCGAUUGGACCCAACAGACGCCCAGUUUGUGGAUGUCCUCCACACAGACAUCGAUGCCUUGGGUUUCAGAGAACCUCUAGGUCACAUUGAUUUUUAUGCCAACGGGGGAACAGACCAACCAGGAUGCCCAAAGACCAUCUUUUCUGGGGGAUCCUAUUUUAAAUGUGACCACCAGAGGUCUGUGUUUCUCUAUCUUGACUCUGAGGAGCAGAAAUGUGCCAGCAGAGCUUACCCCUGCACAUCCUACAGUGACUAUAUGGAUGGUCAGUGCUUGAACUGUGAUCGCUUCGGUACAGCAGGAUGUCCUGUCUUUGGUUAUGACAUUACAAAGUGGAAGGAUGUCCUGUUGAACCUGGGUCAAACAAAAACAUACUUCUCCACAAAUAAAAAAUCACCAUUUUGCAUGACAAACUACGUUGUGGAUAUAGUAACAUGGAACCAGGAGAUACGCUGGGGCUACAUUACCAUCAAACUCCACAGUGGAAGUAAAGAAGCAGUGGCAACCAUUGACCAUAAAGUGUCAAAAUUCAAAAAGUUCACACAGACCAAGUUGUUGGCUCAGUUUGACAAAGACGUUCCGUCGGUGAAGAAGAUAUCUCUCAAAUUUACCACUGGGAAUGUUUUGAAGCCCAAAUAUAAACUCCGAGUUCUCAGAAUGCGUCUCACACCGAUAGAAAGGAAAGAGAGGCCUCUCUGUCGAUAUGACAUCCUUCUUCCAGAGAAUGAAGAGGUCACCUUCAGGCCCAUUCCCUGUGAGGAGUAUAACUUCUGACACUACGUCAAGGAUUUUAUCGACUGCACCAGAGUAAAUUCUGCUGACUCACCCUCCAACAGAUCAGAUAAUAUAAAACCCACAGCACAGUAUCUGACAUAAUGUGAUCAUUUGAGAUCUUAAAAUGUAAUAUACCACAUGAUGUACAGUGUAUAUACAGUGUUGCAGCAACAAAACUCUUCACAAACUACAAGAUUUUUCAAACAAAUAUGACACAGAAACUUUUGUAUUUAUAUUUAUAUGGCAAUAUAUUUGAUUAUAAAAUAAUAAAACCUUAAGUCAA